UAUGGUAUUUGUCAACAAAGCAACUGUCAAGUGUCAGCAAGAUUUUAUAAUAGAUUUUUUAGCAAAAAAUUUAAAAUAAAUUGGUAUUUUUAAUAAAUUGAACACAAAAGAACGUAGUUUUUUCUUAUCAUAAUGUCUACGGCAAUGACUUUCGGGCAGAAGCAGUUUAUUCCUACACCUCCAGAUAAAGGAAGUUUUCCACUAGAUCACGAUGGUGUAUGUAAGAAAAGUAUGAUUAAAUAUAUGAAUUGUUUAUUCAGUAAAGACAGCAACAAUUCCUUGUGUCGCGUUGAAGCGAAGGACUACCUAGCCUGCCGCAUGGAACAUAACCUCAUGGCCAAGGAAGACUGGUCCAAAUUAGGUUUCAAAGAUAGUGAUGUAGAACUAAGCGAGAAAAGUAAAUAGGUAAAUAUGAUUUAUUAUGUUUGUUUGUUUGUGUAAAAUUUUAAAAUAU